AUGGCCACCAACGCCGUCAUUGCGGCAUGCAUCAACGAUCCGUACCAUGCGGAUGUAGUGGUGGAAUGCGGUUCGCCCGACGCUCGGUGGGAGGUGGACUGCCACAAGGCGGUCAUCUGCCCACAAUCGACCUUUCUGUCGAACAAAUGCGCCGCUUCCGGCGAUCGACCGGUCGAGACCAAAGCCAAGGAUAGGAUCGUCAUCGACGCUCCUUACGACGGCAAGGCUGUCACAGCAGUGCUGCGGUCAAUGUACAGAUCGAAGGAAGAUACGGAGUGGCUGCAAGGCUUUGCGUGGAUCGAUUUGCUCCGCAUGUUCCAAGUCGCUCAUCUCUUCGAACGAAACGACUUGGAGCCGAUGAUCUGUUCCACCGCCUCUCUGAAGGUCGAUGAGAUCGUCGACCUCGAUCAAAUCGAGGGCGCGCUCGAUGAAUACCGGAAGCUGGGGCAGCCAUACUUGUAUGGUCACUUUGGCAACGAUCUCGAAAAACUUCACCACAGGCAGUUCGCUUUGCAGAAGAAGCGGAAGGAGGACACGAAGCGUGAGCUAGUCGAUACUUUGGCGGCGCUUCGCAAUCCUGAAACUAGGGGCGAUCUGUCGGAGGAGGCAUACAUCAAGUUUCUCGAGGCCGUCCAGGGCAGCAACUGGCUCCAUUAG